AUGGCUAAGUUCACCAUUAUAAUAGCCACCUUCACUGCCCUCCUCCUCCUCCUCGACGCCUCUAUCUACCGGACGGCCACGUUGGUCGUAGACGAAGAAAACCCGAGGCACACAAGGGAGGCCUGCUGGAAGCAAAUAGAGCGGCAACAGAAUCUCAGGGACUGCCAGCAGUAUAUCACGCAAGAAUUUAAUCACAGGGCUUCUGGGCCCUCCAUGACCGAAGGCCAAGCCGACUCUUUGACAGUUGGUUGCAAGUAG